CAGGGACGGGAGGGACAGGAAUUUCCCUUCGACGAUUCUGUGACAAAUCAGCCAAUGGCCCGGCGUGACACGACAACAGUUCACACAAUCUCAAAAAAUCUUGAAUAUCUAAUAACAAAAUGGCUACCCGCGGCGUUUUCUUACGGAAAACCUUGACUUGUUUAAUCUCUCGUUCAAACAACCGAUUGAGAAUGAAUUAUUUGAACUGUGUUCGCUGCCUGUCGCUGUCCUAUGGCACGAAAGCUUCGAAAGCUGGCAGUCCCAAAGAGAAAAACAUUUACGAUGUUGCGAUCGUUGGCGGGGGUGCCAUGGGCUCAUCUUCGGCUUACUUUCUAGCGAGCAGAUUGACACAUGAAAUGGGUAAAAUCUGCGUGAUUGAGCGUGAUCCUACGUACUCAAAUGCAUCAACAACAUUGUCACUUGCAUCAAUUAGACAGCAGUUCUCCUUGGCUGAAAAUGUUCAAAUGUCGCAACAGAGCUUUCGAUUUCUCUCAGAAAUAGACCAACAUUUGGCAGUUGAGGGGUGUGACCCCCCUGACAUCCAACUCAGGAGACAAGGUUAUCUGUUUCUGGCAAGCAAGAACGGGGAAGAAAUACUAAAGAAAAAUCAUGCACUUCAAAGGAAGCUAGACUGCCAUGUCAUUCUUCUUUCACCAAGUGAACUCAGUGAGCGAUUUCCUUGGAUUAACACAGACGGCAUCGCACUUGCUUCAUUGGGUACAGGAAGUGAAGGUUGGUUUGAUCCAUGGUCUUUACUGAAUGCCUUCAAGAGGAAGGCUGUUUCUCUGGACGUGGAAUACAUAACUGGCGAGGCUGUAGACUUUGAUACAGAUUACAAUGGCCAAAUAAACAGCAUUAAGGUGAUAACCAGUUCCUCUCCGAAUAAUGUGCAAACCAUCCACUGUGGAGUCGUGGUUAAUGCUGCGGGUCCGAAAGCAGGGCAUCUCGCAAAGAAGCUUGGGAUACAUUUACCAGUCGAACCAAGAAAGCGGUGCGUGUUUGUGCUAGAUUGCCCAGAAGCACCCGGGAGAGAUGAAAUGCCGCUUGUUGUUGAUUGUACCGGUACAUAUGUUCGCCCUGAAGGAGGAUGUUACAUUUCUGGAUUGUCUCCAGAGAAAGAGGAUGAUCAUGAAUCUUCAGACUUUGAGGUCGACUAUGAUUUCUUUACAGAGAAAAUAUGGCCAAAUCUGGCUCAUAGAAUCCCUGCGUUUGAAUGCGUCAAGGUCCAGAGCGCCUGGGCCGGCCAUUAUGAGUACAACACACUGGAUCAAAAUGCCAUUAUUGGACGACAUCCCCAAAUAAGGAAUCUUAUUUUUGUGAACGGCUUCAGCGGUCAUGGUAUUCAGCAGUCUCCCUCUGCCGGGCGAGCCGUCAGUGAAUUAAUCUUGGACGGCGGUUUUCAAACAAUUGACCUCACAGCACUUGGUUACGAACGUGUUUUAAGGAAUGAACCAAUGAGAGAGCUUAACAUUGUUUAGUUAGUUAAGUAUUAAUUUAUUUAGUGAUUAACCUGUUCCGGGUGUUCAGUUAGUUGGUGAACCACAUGCCGCGUCCGGCGAGGAGUGGUAAGUGGAAGUGAAUGUAAGGUUAGGGGUUCCGAACUCACUGAACAAAACGCCGGACUCAAAGCGUGUUUGAACCUAACACUCAGCACCCUCAAUGAAUUUUGAGUAAUUUAUUGAAGUUGUACAUAACUUAACGCUAUUGAAUAGCGCGGGAGAGUUGAAGGAAAUAAAAUAUGUAUUACUGAUAGAGUAAAACAACAAACUGAAACAGUUUUU